AUGGCCCACGUGAAGGUGGCAGGGGACGCGGCCCGGAGCCAGCAGGACUACGAGGUUUACUCCGACAUCGCCGCCGUCAGCUCCAGCGUGGACGUAGGUGAGCCGGGGAGGAAGGGCCCGCUGUGCGAGGCCUCCGGGCCCCUGGGCCUCGGCCGGAGGGCCAGGAACUACCCCACCCCGGCCCGGAGACGCCACCGCACCACCUUCAGCCACAAGCAGCUGGAGCAGCUGGAGGUGGCGUUUGGGCAGAACCAGUACCCCGACAUCUACUGCCGCGAGGAGCUGGCCCGGAUCACCAAGCUCAACGAGGCCCGAAUACAGGUCUGGUUCCAGAACCGCAGGGCCAAGCAGCGUAAGCAGGAGCGAGCGGCCCAGAAGGUCCUGCGUGGCGGCGUGCUGCCGGGUCACCGGGCCCUGCUGGGGGGCAUGGCCCGGCAGUACUACCCCCAACCCCUGGCCCACAUCCCCCACCUGUCCCCCAUGCUGCCGUCGGCGGCGUACGCCCGCCACCCGGCCCCGGGCCGCUGCCCCUGCCCCGGCGGGCCCCCCGCCCCGGCCCCGCGGCAGCACGACGACUGGUACGGCCCGCUGAGGGGGAACCUGAGCUCGCCCGUGUUCUCGCUGGCCUCCAUGCCGCCGCUGGAGUCGGCCUCGCCCUGGAGCUGA